GAUAAAUCGAGUGCACCUAAACCCUCUUCUGAAUUUGUGUGCACAUGAAGGCAUCCUCAGCUGCCUGCUUAUGUCCUGAACCCUCGUUGUCAGGGAUACCUCUCCAUGGAGACGCAUUCCCAAAGGUAGGGGAGGGCUUUAGGAGAAAGGAGACCCUCACCUUGAUGGAGUAACAAGCAAAGAGUGAGAAUGAAGAAGGAAAGAGCAUAGCAGAGAGAUAAGAGGAAGGGUCACCUGUGUGUGGUGAACAAGUGCAAAUCAGCAGAAGAAGGAAGGAGGGAAGAAGAGUUGAAUGAAGUCAAAGUGAACUUCAGGAUGGGGUAUGAUCUGGAGAGGUUUGUGGGCUAUGUGAAUGAGGGUCUCCUGUGCUGUGUGUGUCGAGACGUGUUGGAGCGCCCCCUGCAGGCGCCCUGUGAACAUGCCUACUGUAGCGCCUGCAUUAGCAGCUGGCUGCUCCAUCACCACUCCUGUCCGGAAGACAGACUGCCGCUCGAUGUGGGCAGUCUCAAACCACUGUACAGGUACAUGCGUAAUGACCUGAACCGUCUGCAGAUCCGUUGUGUGAAUGCAGGGCAGGGGUGCGAGGUGGUCUGCUCACUGGAGAGUCUGCACACGCAUGAGGAUGAGUGCGAGUUUGCUUUCAUAUCCUGCUCCAACACAGGUUGUCCCGUGCGGGUGGAGCGGCGGGGUUUGGAGGCUCACCUGUCAGAAUGUAACUUCCGCAGCAGAGAGUGUCCAAACGGCUGUGGCCACACUCUUCUCUCCAUUGAACAAUCACAACAUAACUGUGUAGCAGAGCUGCGCACUGAAGUGGAGAUGCUUAGGGCAGAGAUGCUGUGCAAGGUGGAGGAGGUGAGACGGGAGAUGGAGUCUCGCUUGGAUUCACAGAGGAGACACAUGGUGCAGAAAGAGUCACAGCUGAAGAACGAGGUCGAGGAGCUCAAGGGUCAGUUGUCCCGCGUGAUGUGUGACAUGCGUGCGCUGUUGGGAGCGGAGCGUCUAAGGAGACAGGAGCUGGCCGAAGCAGAGCUGGAGAAGAGGGAACUGCUGGAGCUCCUCAGAGACCUGCAGCUUACCAGGAGUCAGCAUCCUGUUGAACAGGCAGCCAGAGACCAGCAUGAGGAAGACCAGCAGACACCCGGGUGGGAGCUCCACACCGAGCUGACGAGACAUCCAGCGAGGAAGGCUUCCUUACACACCUCCAGUCUAUCACUUCAUUCAUCUCAGGCUAUAAAUGUAUCAGGUCCACCUACUUCACCUCAGCUGAGUGAGGGGGUGCGCAAGGGCGGUACCCGAAGUCUGACCCUGGACUGCAUCAAGAGGAAGAGCCGGGAGGUCACAGUCAUCUGAGUAAACUGGACUGGAGGGGAGAUUAGGCAAACUGGAAUAGAUGAAAUCUAUAUUUUUUUAAUAUUUGGAAAACAAUUUCUGCCAUUUUGUCAUCAGAUUAGAGCAGAGGUGCACUAUGUUCUACAGCAGGAUGAAUUUGUUAUUAAUCUGCAGAAGAAAAAAAUAAGUACAUGGAAUCAGCCAUUAUGUUGUUUGGAAGACAGGAUGUUUCGUAUAAUUCUUCUACUUUACUAAGAAAUUGAUCGUUUGACUGUAGGAUUAUUUGAAAAUGAAUAAGUGAAUAGGAAAGGUUUAAUCAUUUUCUGGACUAAUGAAGAGCUUCUCAUGAAUCAUUUUUUCAAACAGAAAAUCAUUUAAAUUUCCCUUCAAUUGUGUAUCCAUUAAAACAGUUUCUCUGAUCUAUCUGAUGCAGCAGUUUCUACUUGUAAAAUGUUGAAAUGAUUUCCAAUUGUCUGCAAGAAGUAAAAUUCAACAAUAUUUUUUGAACUCUCGAAGUCUAAGCUUACCUGAAAUACUGCUGUUAACUUGAAUUGUGAAAUCCUUCAUACAUCAGGUAUGAAAAGAAAGGUGACACCAACUGA